UAGUAAAAAAAAAGGCGUCUUCAAAUUACGACAAGUAUUAUCUGAUAUUUGAGGGUGGUAAUAGAGAAUAAGGACAUGGUUUUCUCUUCACUACGCAGAUACUUCAGUAUGAGGUCCCAAAGCUCCAAGGUUCAGACCCUGUAUGACCACUGCAAAACCAUCUUUUCACCCUCUGGAACACCCCCUCCGUCGUCCCAGGCUUUGCAGAAGCUCUCUUCGAUUCUGGACACUGUUCAACCUGCUGAUGUUGGCCUUAAAGAAGAAACUGCAGAUGAUGAUCGAGGGCAUGGCUUUUUUGGUGCUAAUGUGCUUAACAGAGUAGCUCGAUGGGCUCAACCAAUAACAUAUUUGGACAUUCAUGAAUGUGAUAGUUUUACGAUGUGUAUAUUCUGUUUCCCAACUUCUUCAGUUAUUCCACUCCAUGAUCAUCCUGGGAUGACUGUAUUCAGCAAACUUCUAUAUGGCUCUUUGCAUGUGAAAGCUUAUGACUGGGUUGAGCCUCCCUUUGUCGUAGAAAGUAAAGGACCUGGAUAUCCUCAAGUUAGACUAGCAAAAUUAGCAGUUGAUAAGGUGUUGAGUGCACCAUGUGAAACAUCAGUCUUAUAUCCCAAACACGGUGGAAAUCUGCACUGUUUUACAGCUGUAACUCCAUGUGCGAUGCUUGACAUUCUCACACCUCCUUAUAUUGAAGAAGAAAGGAAGUGCACAUACUAUCAUGACUAUCCUUAUUCAGCUUUCAAAGCUGGAAAUGCACCUGUAUCUGAUGGGAAAGAGGAGGAAUAUGCUUGGCUUGCAGAGUUAGAAUCACCUAGUGAUCUUUAUAUGCGUAUGGGGGUAUAUGCUGGUCCAACUAUUCAGCCCUAGCUCUGGUUGCCUGGAUUUUAAAGCACUUUUAUGUUUCCAGUUAUGAAGGUGGGUGACGUUAACGCCUGAAAAUACAGGUAUCUCAUAUUGCACCUGAAAGCUAGAGACAAGAGGAUCUAAAUUGUUUAACGAUGGCAUGUUCUGGUUUAUAUAUGGCUUCUUUUGCAAAUGCGUUUAAGCAAAGAUUUUGAUAAGCAAAUCUGCUGUUUCUUUGCUAUAAACUUACAAAACUUUUUAUCUUUAUUCCUUUAUUAUGCGCAGAUGUGAAAGAAGAACUACAACCACUGUGCUUU